AUGUCGAUGUAUGUUAACUUUGUGAAGGAAUUAUUGUCUGAGAAAAGAUCUUUAAAGGGAGGCCAAACAGUGGUGCUAACAAAAGAGUGUAGUGUGAUCAUUCAAAGAAAUAUGCCAAGUAAGAAGUCAGAUCCUGGAAGUUUCCAAAUCCCAUGUACCAUUAGAAACACCACCUUUACAGGAGCGCUAUGUGAUUUAGGGGCAAGUAUCAAUUUGAUGCCGCUCUCUGUGAUGACAAAGCUACAAAUUCAAGAGGUGCACCCCACAAGAAUAGCUCUUCAAUUGGCGGACAAAUCUAUAAGACAGGCACAUGGGGUGGUUGAGAAUGUUUUGGUCAAGGUGGAAAAGUUCUUCCUCCCAACAGAUUUUGUGAUUCUUGAUAUGGAGAAAGAUGAAAAUUUUUCCAUUAUUCUAGGAAGAUCGUUCUUAGCCACUGGGAGAUCUCUCAUUGAUUUGGAAAAAGGUGAAUUGAUAUUAAGAGUACAUGAUGAGCACUUAGUCUUUCAUGUCUUCAAAGCCACAUAUCCCUCAAGUGAAGAGGAGUAUUGUAUGGAUAUUGAGCCCACUGAUCAAAUCCUCCAAGCAUCACCUGAUGGUAUAAAACAGAAGUUGUAG